UAGGGCUGACCGCAGCCAUAUUGAAUUUAUGUCGUCCAGAGAAGUUGCAGCACGUCUGAGAUCAUCUCUGUCUCUACUUGUGUUUGUAUAACCGGCAUCUGCAAAAUACCAUCGCAAAAAUUACCUUUGGAGACAAAUUUACUAUGAAGCAUCUUUGAAGUAUGCUGCACCAGGCACCAAAUGGCUACAGGAAAAGGACUGAAUUCUCUAUCCAAUGCCAGCUGAACGAUUCCUGUCAGAGCAUAUAAUUUUUUUCCUCGGGAUUUCGCCUGAUCAAGAAGGCAAUUAAGCCUUGAAUUCCAUGGAAAAUAGAUCGUAACUAAAGCACGGCGAGUUGCAAUAUGUCGAAGAGGAGUAGAAAUGCAAUACCAGCCCUUCGCGGGCGGGAAGUCGGCGCUCCAGGGCAGUGUACGCCGGCAGCACUGAGGUUUCUGGCCGAGGACAAAGCUGCUCUGUUUUCCCAGGAUAAUCAGGCUGUGAAGCUCCCAGGAGAUGCCAGAACCACAUUCCUGAUGGCCUUCAGCCAUGAUGGAACACUGAUGGCUUCCAGCCAUGGUGAUCACAACAUCCAUGUGACAGACCUGCGUACGGGAAAGUGUAUCCGCACCCUGGUCGGCCAUUCCCGCACGCCCUGGUGCGUGACCUUUCACCCCUCGUCCAACGAGAUUCUGGCGUCAGGCUGCCUGGAUGGAGAAGUCAGAGUGUGGGACCUACAUGGUGGGAGUGAAAGGUGGACGUCAGAGUCCAACACCGUCAUCGCGUCCCUGACCUUUCACCCCUUGGACCAAGUGUUGGUGAUCGCCACGGGCAACGCUCUCCACUUCUGGGACUGGAGCCAGGACAAACCGUUCGCCUACGUCAAGACAGCGCGGGAGACCGAGAAGAUAAGACUUGUCAAGUUUGAUCCACUUGGUCACCAUUUACUGACAGGGAUUGCCAAUGUGCCAAAUGUUCGGCCCUUUGAUGCAGGAGUAGUGCAGGUGGACAGUUCGGACUCAGAAACAGACAUGCUGCCUGAGCCCGACGACUCGGAGCUGCCCCCUCGCAUGUCCGUCUGGGACCGGCGUUCCCGCGUCCUGCACCGCCUCCACACCAUGGAGCAGGACCUGCGCCGCCGCCUGGAGCUCCUCAGCAGCGCUGCAGCCCGCCUCGACCAGAUGGAGAAUGAGAUGCGCAACAUGAUGGGGUCGUUCCAGGGUCACGAGCAGGGGUUGGUACCCCGCGGGCGAGUUUCUGCACGGACCUUAGCGGACCCGACCUUCAACCGUGCCGACAACGCUGUCAUGACAGCUAGGAGAGGGGGAAGCAGUAACCUGCCUCCUAGUUUACCUGGACCAGCGGGCAGGGCUUCCUCAAGUCUACAUGACCUGGACACUCGGUUAUCCAUCAACCACCAGAGGAUACGCAGAACGCAGGAGUUCAUUGACAGGCUGCGAGCACGGCUAGGGCUUCAGCCGUCAUCCACGCUGAGUAGGUACGAGAACCUACCGUCGGACGAAGUGCCGGGAUUGGGCAACAGGCGUGGCUUGGAGAGUAGUCAAGGCAACCGGCUGAGAUUGACGGCCUCCCCGAGUAUGCAAAGCACCACGAGUAACACCAACGACACUGUCAGCCGGAGAAGCCUGCAGUACCGGUCUAACAUCAGACAGAACAUCGCCAGCCAGUCUACUGCAACUGGUUCUGAACUGACAACCACCGUUAGUGUACACAAUACUGGCAUAAGUAGUAUGAACAGACCUGGGGUUACCUAUGUUUCUAGAGGUUGUGGAAGUAGGAAUUCCUUUGGUCAUGCAAAUUCACAAGACACUACUGUUACAAGCAGUGUGAAUACAACAAGUAAUGGUGGUGUGACAGCACAAGGCACCAGUGUAAGCACUGCUGGAGUGAACCUGCCAGAAACUGGUACAAACAACACAAGCAGUAGUGGUGCCAACAUGCCAGACAACAAUGUUAACGCGGCUGGCACAACUGUUUGGAAUGCACCAGGUUCCAUCGACAGACACAAACCAGGCAAUGUUGCAAACACAUCAGAUGCAAACGCAAUACACAACUCGAUAGGUAGCAAUGCGAGACAACCCUGCAGUGCUAACUCUAACAUCAAGAGUGAGCCAGCUUCCAGAACUGCCACAAGUACAUGUACUGCCAGUGGCGGAACUUUUCCUCCCGGAGAGAACACCUCUCGCAGACAGGCAGCAGAAGGUCUGCUUGACCUUGGAAACCCGUCCCCUGGGAGACCCCAGUCUCAGUCAAGGUCAAACACGCCCCAGACAAAUGGUAUGGCUCAUGAAAGCAAAGACGCCAAGCUUCCCUCCAGCACAAAUACGGGUACGACUCCAAGAAACAACAGCACUCCUGUACAGGCUCCCCAUCAUCUCUGGACACUCAGUUUCAGUACUAGCACAAAUCACUGCCAGGAUAGAAGUUUCCCAGUUCCGCACAGUCGUGUCACAAGUACAGGCACUGCCGCUACAUCUACCACAGAGAGCAAUAGAUCCACUACUACCAGCACCAGCACUUCUAUGGUUUCCUCCUUACUUAGGGGGAACCAGAGAAAUCAGUCCACGUCCUCUGCAGAGUCUGUCUGUUCAGCCAGCGCCUCUGUUUCUAGAAAUGACGGGGGAACAUCCAGAAACACACAAGUCGAUGGAACUGAGUCAGAGGAAGACCUGGAGCCUCCGGCCAAGAGAGCCAGAUCUUCUCUCCAUUCACACAAUUCGUCAACUUCGACAUCAAGCACAACAGUAGAGCUUCCAAGUGUGGGCAGAUCUUCCACCAGUGGUCGAGAAAGUGGGAACCAAGCUGCACAGGAAACAGCUUGUCCGCUGCUGCCACCGAGGGAUGAACUAAGGUCAUCGCCCGCAAACCUGGCUCUCAGUAGAACCUCCAGCGAGUCGAGUGCAGGAGAAGGUGGGAUGCCGACCCUGAGUGAACACUUUACUCCGCCUGCUCAUCCCGAGGCAGUCACACAUGCGGGAACAAACAGGGAAACCAGCACUGCACGGAUCACCCCCACACAAAGCUCAACUGGUCGAAGCAUUCCAGUUCAAAUCACGACGGCUUCCCGCACAGACUACAGCGGCUACGCCAGGAUCGGGUACUUCUCGGCGCGGCCGGUGCGGAGGGGGGCGGUGCGGAGGACCUGGGCGGAGAGCCAGGCGGCAGGGGAUGAGGCGGAGAGUGCGUCAGGACUGGAGAGCCAGCUCAGGUACCAGGCACAUCAGGUCAACACUGCCAGGAGGAGGCUGGACUCUCUACGGCUCAGGAGUCUCAGGGCACUCAGGUCACGGGCUCAGAGGGCCAUGUCUGGAGAGAGUGGUUACGAGUCCCAGUCUGCGGUGACCAGGCCAGUGGUGUGGCAGACCUUCUCCCACCCCGCAGAACCCCAGCCUCCUGUCAGCACAGCCAGGGCAGGCAGCCUGGAACCCACCUCUACUGGCGAUGGUACGGUCCAGGAGAGCGCCUUCUCUACUAAUGUGCCAUCUCGCUUCUAUGGCCAACAUACCAGGUCAGAGAGCCACCGUAGCCCCCUGGGUUACAUCAUGCGCAGACAUGCCCUGAAUGAAGGAGACAGGGAAGGAUCUGACCGCGGUGGUGAGCGGGUACGGCGCCGGCUUCACGGUCGUUUCAGACACCACACGGCAGGAUCAUCCAGGGCUCAGCCAAGAGUGGAGUACGUCCACCCCCACUACCGCAGUGUGUUCCACGGCUCUCAUCGGUCUUCAAACGCCGUCCACUCCGCAAUUAACAGGGCCAUCGCUGGAGCCUUUAUCGGUACAGGAGAGUCAGCAGUGGCCAGUAACAUUGUGAACACCACCCAUCGGCUACAGUGGUGGGACUUCACCAAGUACCAACUGCCAGAAAUCAGUGAUGCCAGUGCAAAUGUGAUCGUCCCCCACUGUAAGAUCCACAACGAUGCCAGCAUCGACAUCUCCAAGGACGGCUGUAACCUAGCAACCUUCAUCCCCAGUCAUCGCGGUUUCCCUGACGACGCAGUCCUGUCCAUCAUCUCCCUGCAGAAGGACAGUCUGGGGGACAUCCUGUACGCCAAGAGCUUUGGUCCCAACGCCAUCUCCGUGAGUAUCUCUCCCCUGGGGAACUACGUGUUGGUGGGGCUGGCCUCGCGCAUGCUCCACUGGCAGCUGGUGGACAAACAGAUGGUGGCACAAGUCUUCCACCUCAGGCCGGCCACAGAGAAGGCAGCGGAGGGCACUCUGGUGCAUGUCCAGAGCGUCAUGCACCACUGUGACCCUGAGAGGCGGAGCCACGUGAGCGUGAACUCUGCCUGCUGGCUGCCGGGGACAGGCCGAGGGCUGGUGUACGGCACCAACAGGGGACAUCUACAGAUAUGUAGAUUGGGAUACGAGCCCGGCAGCCAGCAGGAGCAGCCGGAGGAACCCAGACUGGGGCCGGCUCAGAACCCCUUUCCACCCAGUGGCGGCGGCGGUGGAGGCGGGAAUGCUCGCAUCACGGCCCGCCGUGUCUCCAGCAGCGCGGCCCAGAGGGUGAAAAUGGACCCAUCCCUGACGGCCCGGUCCCUGCUGUCCGACUCCGGACCCAGCUACUACCGCCGGACUCCGAGGGCCGCCUUCAAGCCGAGCUACGACGCACUGCCACUGAGCCGGCCGAGGCGUUAUGACCUGUCCAAAUACGGGGGAGACGACUUCGACCGGUACAGCGCAGGGCGCACCCCGCCCUCCACACCGCCUCGGACCCGGCGCUUCUCGGAGACCGCCGAGGAGUUCGACAGCACGCCGGUUCGGCUGGGGAGGAGGGGCAGCUAUUCAGGCUCAACCAGCUUUAGACAAGAGGAAAAGUUUGAUGACAUCUUUGACCCGGAGAGUUUUGGAAUCCCCCGUAGACCAUGGUCCUACCGAAGGCGACACGAGGAGAAAAAGGUGUACGUGCCGAAGGGGACUCCCCCCAUGUUCACUACCGGGAUGCGGACCAUCACGGUGGGGAAGGGCGUCACCGCGCGCUUCACGUGCUCCGUGCGGGGAGACCCCGUGCCCAGGAUCAAGUGGUACCGGGACGACGAGAUCAUCACUCACGAUGGUUUCAAAUACAGGAUCUAUGAUGUAUGUGGCGUGAUGACGCUAGAGGUACGUCAUGCCAACGUUCGUGACACCGGCUACUACACCUGCAUGGCCAUCAACGACUCCGGGACCCGCACGUCGGUCGGGAGGCUCUACGUGUCCGAAAAAAUGGGUGAGCAGCUGGAGAAAGCCAUGGACGAGGAGAUCGCUGCCAGGAAAAAGGCCGUGGCCAACGCCGUGGCAUCGGCAGUUUGGGGGGAAGGAGAGGACGCCAUCGCCGCCAUCAGGAACACCCUCCACGCCGCCUCACAGGACAAGGCCGUCCCGGAGGGCCCGCUCUUCGGACCGACCCGCGAGCGGCAGGAGCUGGAGAUGGGAGACGACAGGUUCGGGGAAAGAGCAGAAGUCGGCAGAGCCGGGGAUGUCCAUCUGUACGAAAGGGAAGAAAAACAUACCAAAGGAGGCCCCGGAAGGAAAUUCAAGGGAGAGUUCUCUUCCGAUGCUUACGAGGAUUAUUCUGGUCCCGGUCGCAAAUUCAAGGAAAGACCGGAGAAAUGGGAUGUGCAAGCUCUUAAGGAAGAAUAUGCUGGCAAAGGGAGAAAUUUAAGGGCGAAAUCUCUGCCGAAUCAUACGAAGAAUUCUGGUACCGGCCGCAAGUUCAAAGAAAAGCCGGAGAAAUGGGAUGUGCAAGCCACAAAGGAAGAAUACGCCGGGCCAGGGAGAAAAUUCAAGGGCGACAUCUCUGCUGAAGCUUACGAAGAUUACUCGGGUCCGGGGAGGAAGUUCAAGGAAGACCAGCCCGCUUCAAAAUCGGUGGAACAGAAGGCCCCGGCUCCACAGAAGGCCCCGGCUCCACAGAAGGCCCCGACUCCACAGAAGGCCCCGGCUCCACAGAAGGCCCCUGCUCCACAGAAGGCCCCUGCUCCACAGAAGGCCUCGGCUCCACAGAAGGCCCCUGCUCCACAGAAGGCCCCUGCUCCACAGAAGGCCUCGGCUCCACAGAAGGCCCCGGCUCCACAGAAGGAACCUGAGGGCCCCGGCAGGAAGUUUAAGGGAGAAAUAUCUAAAGAAGCAUAUGCAGAUUAUCAAGGCCCGGGCAGGAAGUUCAAGGAAGACCAGCCCGCUUCGAAAUCGGUGGAGCCCAAAGCUCCGGCCACUCAAAAGGAAGCUGAGGGCCCCGGUAGGAAGUUUAAGGGAGAAAUAUCUAAAGAAGCAUAUGCAGAUUAUCAAGGCCCAGGCAGAAAGUUCAAGGAAGAACCCAAAGCUCCUCCGCCUCCACCUGCCCCACCAGCAGACAAGGCAACUCCCUUCGCCAAGGCCAAGAAGACCAACCCGUACCUGAAGCUGAGCCAGACCAGAGUGGAAGCUAAAGUUGGGGAGAAGGUGGAGUUCGCCUGCUUCGCCACGGGGGACCCGAUCCCGGGGGUGGAGUGGAGGAAAGGCAGCAGCAUCCUGCCGUCCACGGGCCGGUACGACCUGUACGAGGACGACGACGAAAUCGUUUACUUCGUCAUCCGCAAGGUGGUCGAAAAGGAUGCAGGAAUCUACACCUGCCACACCUCCAACACAAAGGGCACGGUUACCGGAGACGUGGAGCUCGUAGUACGUUAGGUGUACAAAAUCCUUCUCGA